AUGGCCCAGUCCCUGUGCCCACCGCUCUCCGAGUCCUGGGUGCUGCCCGCGUGCUGGGGCGCGGCUCAGCCGCCUCCGCCUUCCGACACGGGCUGCGGCUGCUCGCCCGCCUCGUCCCCGAACUCCUGGGGCAGCGCCCCGGUGGGCAGCCCCGUGCCGAGUCCCGGGCGGCCCGGCGCCCACGCAGCCGCUCGCGCCAGGAGGCGCGGCGCCCGGAGCAGCCGCCUGGGCGUCGGGCAGCGGCAGAGCGCCAGCGAGCGCGAGAAGCUGCGCAUGCGCACGCUCGCCCGCGCCCUGCACGAGCUGCGCCGCUUCCUGCCGCCGUCCGUGGCGCCCGCCGGCCAGAGCCUGACCAAGAUCGAGACGCUGCGCCUGGCCAUCCGCUACAUCGGCCACCUGUCGGCCGUGCUGGGCCUCAGCGAGGAGAGCCUGCAGCGCCGGCGCCAGCGACGCAGCGACGCGGCGCCCCCCCGGGGCUGCCCGCUGUGCCCCGACGGCGGCCCCGCGCAGGCGCAGGCGCACGGGCCCGGCCCGGGCUCUGCCGUCCCCGCCUCGGGGUCCUGGGGGUCCCUGCCCGCCUGCCCGGGAGCCCCAGCGGUACCCGCGCCAGUGCUUUACGACGAGGCGGCGUGCCCAGAAGGGCUGGCGACGGGGCCGGACCCCUUGUCUCCGCUCUUUCCGGGCCACGUGCUGCCCCAGCUGGAGACCUGGAUGCCCCUCUCGCCCCUGGAGUGGCCGCCAGCCUGAGUAGUUCAAGUGACGCCUGACAAACAAGAGGUGCCUGGUCUGUGAGCUCUGCGGCCUUGUUGGCCUCAGCACCUUCGGAGGGGUUCCUCCCAGUCCCCCUGCCCUAGCCGCGGGCACCGGCGAGGCUGGCUCGGGCAUCCCCUCGGGUGAGAACCUGUCCCCCAGGACGACCCACCCCAGCCCCUCCCGCCAGGGGAGCCACAGAGCAGACACUUUUGGGCAAUCAGGAAGCUCUGCUUAGCAUGUAUGUAUUUAUUUAUUUGUGAAUAAACUGCUGGUGUCGA